CUGUGCAUCAUUUUUAUAACAAAAUUGUGGAGAACGGGACAAUGAGUUUGUUCAAGAGCUUGGUUCUUUUAUUUCUAAUACUUGUGGUGAGAGGUUCUAUGGUACAGCUGAAAAAUGGUGGCUAUGAGGAUAUUGUUAUCGCAAUUAACCCUGAGUUACCAGAAGAUCAUAAUAUCAUUAGAAACAUACAGGACAUGGUCAAAGAGGCUUCUACUUACUUGUUCACUGCUACAAAACAGAGAUUUUUUUUCAAGGCUGUAAAAAUUAUAAUUCCUCUGCAUUGGCCGCCAAAACCUGAGUAUUUAAGUGUAAAAACAGAGUCAUAUGAUAAGGCAGAUGUUAUUGUGGUUAAUCCUUCCUUGAAGUACGGAGAUGAUCCCUACACGCUGCAAUAUGGAGGAUGUGGGGAAAAGGGACAAUACAUUCAUUUCACUCCCAACUUCCUGUUAAAUGACAGUUUGCAUAACAUCUAUGGAUCACGAGCUAAAGUUUUUGUCCAUGAAUGGGCCCAUCUUCGUUGGGGAGUAUUUGAUGAAUAUAAUUACGAUGCACCUUUCUAUUUGUCUGUAAACUCUGGAAAAGAAACUAUUGAAGCAACUAGAUGUUCGGCUGAUAUCACUGGUAAAUAUAUAUUCCAAAGUUGCACAGGAAACAGCUGCACGAUAAGAGAAUGUGAAUAUGAUCAACAGACAAAGCUGUAUGAAGCUGGAUGUACAUUUGUACCAGAAAAAACACAAAAUGCCCGAGCAUCUAUAAUGUACAUGCAAAGCCUCCCUUCUGUGGUUGAGUUCUGUGAUCAAAGUACUCAUAAUGAAAAGGCUACAAAUAUGCAGAACAAAAUGUGCAACUACAAAAGCACCUGGGAAGUAAUUAUGAACUCUACUGACUUCAGUAACACCUCUCCAAUAAAUAUCACAAGUCCUCCAUUUGAGACCUCCUUCUCAUUGCUGCAGACCAAAGACAGAGUAGUCUGUCUAGUACUUGAUGUUUCUGGGAGCAUGGAUCAGAAUAAUCGCAUUAAACGUCUGUCCCAAGCUGCAGAGUUAUUCCUGCUACAGAUUAUCGAAAUGGAUUCCUGGGUUGGAAUUGUCACAUUCCAUUCUAUAGCACAAAUUACAUGUCAUCUACGACAAAUAGUCAGUGUGGAUGUACGCCAGAAUCUUACCAAAUACCUGCCUACAACACCUGACGGAGGAACUAAAAUCUGUGAAGGAGUGCGCAAAGGAUUUGAGGUGAUUAAACAAAAAUACUCUCAUCUCGAUGGUUCUGAAAUUGUACUGCUGACAGAUGGAGAGGAUACAACUAUGAGCAGUUGCCUUACGGAGGUGAAAAACAGUGGAUCGAUCAUUCACACCAUUGCCUUGGGGCCAAGUGCUGCUCCAGAACUAGAACAAUUUUCAGACAUUACAGGAGGCUUAAAGUUGUAUGCCACCGAUACAGUUGAUUCCAAUGGCCUAACUGAUGCAUUCAGUGGAAUUUCAUCCAGAAGUGGAAAUAUUUUUGGACAGUCUAUUCAGCUUGAAAGUACAGCUCAGAGUGUCGCGGUCAACCAGAGGAUGAAUGGUACAGUGACUGUAGAUAGCACUGUGGGAAAGGACACCUUCUUUGUAGUUACAUGGGAUCGAAGCACAUCUCCACCAGACAUUUCACUGUGGGACCCCAAAGAAAAAGAAUAUAGAACGUCAAGCUUCACAGUUAGUAAUAUAAACCUCCGAACAGCUCGACUGAAUAUAGCAGGCACUGCAGAGGUGGGGGAUUGGUUAUAUAUGAUUCAAAAUAACCACAGAGAAUCUCAAGUCAUAUCAAUGAUAGUAACCUCUCGACCAGCAUCUUUGACUGACCCACCAGUGAUUGUGAAAGCCCACAUGAAUAAGGAUAAAAACGACUUCCCUAAUCCAAUGGUGAUUUAUGCAGAAGUUAGUCAGGGAUUUUCGCCUGUGCUUGGUGCAACCGUGAUGGCCACUGUUGAACAAGAGACUGGAUCUGCAGUGGAGCUCAGACUCCUUGAUGAUGGUUCCGGUGCUGAUAUUACCAGGAAUGAUGGAAUCUAUUCAAAGUACUUUACAUCUUUCAAGGGAAACAGUAGAUACAACUUAAAAUUGCGUGUCCAGGGGAGAAAUCAGACUGUCAGACUUAGCCACAGGCAGAGCCGAGCCUUAUAUGUUCCAGGCUACAUAGAAAAUGGUGAAAUCAAAAUGAAUGCACCGAGACCUGAACCUAGUGAUGAGGAAAUUCAAGCAAAGCUGGGAAGUUUCAACAGAGUUGCAACAGGAGGUUCUUUUGUAGUGAAGAAUGUUCCGUCAGGAGGAUUUACUGAUGUGUUCCCACCCUGUAAAAUUACUGACCUUGAGGCUCAGUUUGAAGAAGAUAAAAUUCACUUGUCCUGGACAGCUCCCGGGAAUGACUUUGAUGAGGGACAAGCUGACAGAUACAUAAUAAAAAUGAGUGAAAGUUUUCUGGUCCUAAGAAACACCUUUGAGGAUGCUACUUCAGUGAAUACCUCCAGUCUGGUACCUAAACCUGCUGGCACCAAAGAAUCAUUUCAGUUUAAACCAGAAAAUGUCACAAUAGAAAAUCGCACCAUAAUCUACUUUGCAAUAUGUGCUGUUGAUAAUGCCUCCCUGACCUCAGAGGUGUCUAAUGUAGUACAGGUAGCUCUGUUUGUCCCUCUAAAGGAAUCCUUGCCUGUUAUACUUCCUACUGAAGUUAUCACUAACAGUGUUCCUACACAGGGAUCCUUGCUUGAUAUGCUUCCUAAUCAUGUUAUCAAUGAUGGUGUCAAUGUUUCAAUAAUAGUAAUUGGGUCUGUAAUAGCUGUAAUAGUUAUACUUACAGCUAUUAAUACAGCUAUCUAUAUUUUAUAUAAGAAAAAGAGAAAUGGAAGUUUUGAGCUCAGAAUGUCAUAAAACUAAUUGUAAGAUGAAAGCUCAGUAGGUAUUUAUCCUAAUUUGUUCUAUUUGUGAUUUUCAAAGACAAAUUUGUAAUGGAUUUGAAAAUUAAGUGCAUUGACUUUAAAAUAGAGGUGGAUUUAUAUGUAUUUUGAUCUGCUUUCAAUGAGUGUAUAGUAUGUUACAGUUCAUGUAUGUAGACUGAACAGUGAAUUUAAAAGUAUAUACUGAGUAAACUAAUGUGUAGCAUAUAAAUGACAAUCUAAUUGUAUACUUUCAUUCUAAUCUUGCAAGAGUUCUGCAGCAUUAAGUAUUCUGUGUUUUUGGUUGUUUUUUUAAAAUAGAAAAAAAUCUUUCUAAUUUUGUUUUCCAGUUGCUUAGCAGUCAGGGAGGGGAGAUUUAAGAAAAAAAAUAGAUCUGUAAUCUUUGGUUUUCAUACAUUCGUUUCAGUGAUAUUCAAUGAGUAGGAAACAUAAAUGUAUACAGCUGUUGUUCUUGAGCUUGCAACUGCUUAGGUACAUGCAUAACAACUCUCAUCCUAUGACUAAUGCAGAUGUUUAAAUCUUCACAGGAUCAGGGCCAUAUGUUAUCCACAAAUGAGCAUAUGGAAAACACUUUUUACCUGACAAUCAUCAAACACACAUGCAACAUUCCAACUCUAAAUGACAGAACAAAAGCCAAAUAGUAGAAGAGAAAACACUAAAUUCCUAGGUAGCAGAAAUGCCACCUACCACAGCACAUGACUGAAGCGAAGGCAUGUAGCACCCAGGAGGAAAGCUAUUCAGCAGGUGACUUUUCAUUGGUUUUCCCCAUCUCCUGCAAGCCCAACAUGCAACAUCAUGAUCUGUGAUGUGACGCUCCAGAAAUGGGAAAGGAUCGCCCAUUCUUUGGAUAAUGAAAACAUCCAUCGUUACAUUAGAUGGGAUCAAAUUAUUUUAUAAGGUAUAUAAACCCUCAUGCUUCAGGUCGUCAGCUAAUCACUAGCAGGGGCUAGGGAGGAACUUUUCCAUGUGCAAAUUAUUCCAUAACUGUCCAUUAUGGGAUUUCUUGCUGCUUCCACUGACAUAUACUUAGAAAUAUUGGCCAGCAUGGAUACGCCUACACUCAGAUUUUUUACAACUGUAAUUAACUGACAGUUAGCUCAAGGUAGUUACCGCAUUUGGACUAUGCCUGGACCAAACAUCGGGGAAUGUCCAUGUUAGCUUUUACAAACAUAUUAAGUGAAAAUCACUAGUGAAGACAAGCCCUUUUGGAGAUGGGUAUCUGGGUUCAUGUGGACCAUGGAUCUGAUUGGGUAAUGCAAUUCCUAUGUUUCUGAGAUGGUGUUUUUAUGGCAUGAAGUGAAAGUAAGAAAUUGAAGUGAACUCUUAGUUGCUCUUCCAAAUGUAAAGGCAAUAUAAGUCUCCUUUUUUGUUUUGGCUGGUGCAUGUUGGUGGUUUUCUUCACUUCUCUUGGGGAUAGGUGAAUGGGACAGAAGAGAGUGAUUAGUAGAAUAUCUGUGUAAUAAACAGAAGGCUUGUGUGCUUUAUACACAUUGUUAUUCAUAACAACAAUAAAACAAAACAGACCAUGGGAA